AUGCGGGGAUGUCUGCAUUUAGCCCGAUGGCUGAGCGCAGCGCCGUAUUCCCCGGCUGCGAGCCUCAAGUCGUCGGCUGGCUUCCCUUCCCAAUUUAAUUACCUCCGAUCCUUCACAACCUCUACAGCAUGGAGCGCAGCUCGGUCCAAAGCAAGCGCGCCUGACAAAGAUCUCGAAUCACGAAUUGCAGCCAUUCCCAUUGAACGGUACCGCAACUUCUGCAUUGUCGCACAUGUCGACCAUGGCAAGAGCACAUUAUCCGAUCGGCUGCUCGAGCUUACUGGCACGAUCAAGCCCGGAAUGAAUAAGCAGGUGUUGGACAAGCUUGAUGUUGAGCGAGAGCGAGGGAUUACAGUCAAGGCGCAGACGUGUACGAUGAUAUACAACCAUGAGGGCGAAGACUAUUUGUUACAUUUGGUGGAUACCCCAGGGCACGUUGAUUUCCGUGCGGAGGUGUCGCGCAGUUAUGCAAGCUGUGGAGGAGCCUUGCUCUUGGUUGAUGCCAGUCAGGGUAUUCAGGCGCAGACGGUCGCCAACUUCUACUUGGCCUUCGCACAGGGUCUCGAAUUGAUACCCGUCAUUAACAAGGUGGACUUGCCUUCAGCAGAUCCGGAGCGGGCUCUGGAACAGAUGAAAAGCACAUUCGAGUUGGAAUCCGAGAAUGCGGUCUUAGUCUCGGCCAAAACUGGCCUGAACGUUGCGGCUAUUCUUCCAACAGUUGUUGAGAAGAUUCCUGCUCCCAUUGGUGACACUCAGAAGCCCCUCCGUAUGUUGCUCGUCGAUUCAUGGUAUGAUUCCUACAAAGGUGUCAUUCUUCUGGUGCGCGUUUUCGAUGGCGAGGUGCGCGCAGGUCAGCAGCUCAUCUCGUUUGCCACGGGUCUCAAGUACUACGUGGGCGAGGUCGGAAUCAUGUAUCCACUCGAAACCGCUCAAACCGUUCUGCGUGCAGGCCAGGUCGGUUACAUCUACUUCAACCCCGGUAUGAAACGAAGCAAGGAAGCCAAGAUCGGAGACACUUUCGCCAGGGUUGGCCAGGAAAAGGAUGUCGAGCCACUCCCUGGGUUCAUCGAGCCCAAGUCCAUGGUCUUCGUGGCAGUGUACCCGGUGAAUGCUGACCAUUUCGAGCAUCUGGAAGAUAGUAUCAACCAGCUCAUGCUGAACGAUCGAAGUAUCACGGUUCAAAAGGAGUCUUCUGAGGCUUUGGGUGCAGGGUUCCGAAUGGGUUUCUUGGGCACUCUUCACUGUUCAGUGUUUGAAGAUCGCCUGAAGCAGGAGCAUGGCGCCAGUAUUAUCAUCACCCCGCCCUCCGUUCCGGUCAAGGUUGUGUGGAAAGACGGAACCGAGGAAAUCAUAACCAAUCCAGCCAAAUUUCCCGAUGACGAUAGUGUGCGUCUCAAGGUCCAAGAGGUUCAGGAGCCUUAUGUGUUGGCCACGUUGACCUUCCCUGACGAGUAUCUCGGGAAGGUUAUUGAGCUUUGUGAAGCUAACCGGGGUGAGCAAGAAAGUAUUGAAUACUUUACCUCCAGUCAGGUUAUUAUGAAGUAUCAGCUACCCUUGGCGCAUCUGGUUGAUGACUUCUUCGGCAAGCUCAAAGGAGGCACCAAAGGCUACGCCAGUCUUGAUUAUGAAGAGUCGGCCUGGCGAGCGGGCAAUAUUGUCAAGCUGCAGCUCCUGGUCAACAAAGUGCCAGUGGACGCUGUGUCACGACUGAUGCACAUGAGCCAGGUCGCUCGGCAGGGCAGAAUAUGGGUCACCAAAUUCAAAGAGCACGUCGAUCGACAGCUAUUUGAGAUCAUCAUCCAGGCUGCUGUUGGCAAAAAGAUUAUUGCCCGUGAAACCAUCAAGCCAUACCGCAAGGACGUUCUGGCUAAGCUGCACGCCGCUGAUGUGAGUCGGCGACGAAAGCUGCUGGAGAAGCAGAAAGAAGGCCGCAAGAAGCUCAAGGCCGUCGGAAAUGUGGUGAUUGAACACAAGGCAUUCCAGGCCUUCCUAGCCAAAUAA